AUGGAAAGACACGGCCAAGUCUCCAUGCAAGGACGUUACGAGUAUCCGCUAACCCGGCCGGUUGCGCAUACUGGCACCAUCCAAGUCCCGUUAUCUUCUUCCCUUCGAAACCUCGACCCUGUUGGCGGUAAAGGUGGUUCAGGAAUAACCGAGAAUCUAAGCUUCUCAUUUUGUGUCGAAACCCCGUCUCUUACUGGUCCUGAUCCCACACGGAUAGCAUUCGCAACUCCGGGUGCCAAGGAAAAAUGGCUACAUCCAGCUGGCUCCGAUUCGGCGAACCUUCCGCCCUAUAUGCUACCGUACCAUCGUCAGACCUUGGACAACCUUAAGAGGCUAUGCAAGUCGUUAAGCGAUGGACCCGAGCAUGUCGUCGCCAGCGCUCAGAUCAAUGAACCGAAACAGGUUAUGGGGAAGCCUAGGCGUCUACCCGUUACUACGAUUUCGCUAUAUGGUGAUCCAGAUGUUGUUUUGAGGACACGGGGAAUUCUACUAGAAAGCAUCCCCUUGAAGCUUAAAUGUGCUACCGUCGACAUUGAUGUCGAUCAAGUUAUCGGUGAAGAUGAAAAAUUCAGGGCCGAUGCAGCUCAGCAACUCGAAAGGAUAUCUGACUACUGCGGCGUGGAUAUCUUUGUUGUACACCCAGAACCGACCAAAGGCGUUUCCGUGCGUACCGGUGGUAGUGACACCAGUCAAGACACACGUCUGAAGAUCUUAAUAUAUGGUGAUGUUGAGAGCGUUGAAUGCGCUAAGAUCAGGGUCUUAGUAAUGAUUGAUGACAUGCUUGGCCUUCAUGUGGACUCGAUAUUCCUUGAGCUAUCUUUGCAAAGUUUGAUGUGUGGCCGGGGCCGUAAAGAUAUUCAGCAUGUCGAGGCGGUCACAAAAACGAACAUCUACCUACCCACUGCAUUCCCGGGGGUCUACGGUUACAAACCUCCUAAAGCUACACCCCGGCACCCGGAUAUCAUAUUUAUCACAGGGCAACCCGAAAUGAUCAAACAAGCGGCGAGGAUGAUUAGCGAGUUGGUCUCAAAUUGCAAACUUUAUGUUAAGGAUGUCUCGUUAUCGAUGAACAAAAUUGACUUUAUCAUCCUCGAACGCUUGGAUGUGGUGAAGAAGGUUAUGGCUGAAAAUGGGUCUUUUGUUCAAUUCCCUUCUCUCGGGGCUGGAAGGUCUAUGAUGCGUAUCCAAGCACCAGAUAUCCCACCUUUGGAUCGGACUAUUAAGGCCAUCUUGAAUAUUUCACAUCAAUACUAUAACGCCUCCUGCUGGGUACUUCUGAACGAGACGGCUCUCUCGUCCAUGCGGCCGCUCCUUCCGCAAGAGGUUCAAAGACUUCUUACAGACAUUUGCGUUUUUAGCGGAGCCGAUAUCGCGUUUAGUAAAUUCGCAUUCGAGAUUUAUGGCUCCGAUGAUGCAGUCAAACUCGCAUUAAAAAUAAUUUCAGACGUCAGAUUUGUCAAGGAAAACCGCUCCCAGAUUAGAGUCAAAGUUCAAGUCGCCAACGAACAUAAGGAAUUCGUUAGCGGGAAGAAGAAUGGGAAGAUCAACAAGAUUAUGGGCCAAGCUGAUGUUCAGAUCUUGUUUGAACCUUUCAACGAAUUCGACUUUUACAUUGAUGUGAUCGGAGUGGACUUCCAGGCGAGCAUGCUGGGACUGGAGCUUGUUGAGCAAGAGUUACCGGCCGACAUCUCAUUCUACAUCCCUGACCGUUAUCACAAGCGAAUUAUCGGCAUUGGCGGACAACAUAUUCAAAGCAUUAUGCGGAAAUACUCGGUAUUUGUCAAAUUCUCAAAUGCCAUGGAUAGGGAUUCCGGGGGUGGACGAGAUACCGAGGAAAUUGCUGUGGACAACGUUAUUUGCCGAACCCCAGCUAGAAAUGCUGCGAGCUUGGAGCUUGUGAAGCAGGAGAUAAAUGCUAUGGUCCAACAAGUUGAUUCGGAAUACGUCGAGGAGACAGUUGUCAUUCCAAGACUCUACCACCGCACUCUGAUCGCCCAAAGCGACUUGCUAAUAGGGAUUGAGAAAAAGUGGUCUUGUAAGAUCAGAUUUCCAGGCACUGAAACAGCUAGUGACGUUGUCACUGUUAGUGGACCUGAAUGGCAGGUCCCGCACGCCAUCCAUGAGCUUUUGGCACAUGUUCCCGAAACCCACACAAUCGAUAUGACGACUUCUGAAAAACUCCAGGACGCCUUAUCUUCGACCGACUUCAAACAUAAUGUGGUUGAUCGUUUCAAGAUGCAAUAUGGUGUCCUAGUUGAAACGGUACUCCGACCCAAACGCCUUUCGCAAAAUUCGGCAAAAGGGAUAUGCCAAAUACAAUUUACAUACACUCGGGAUAAUAGAGCUUCACGUGACAUUGCUAUCGACUUGUUUAAGGACUUCCUUAUCUCUAAUGGUAUCAUGCCUGACUUUCAGGGAUUGCCUGUCCGGCCGCAGUCUGAUUCGUUUGAAGACUCGCUUCCAUACUUCAACAACAAGCUCUUCCCAACCGCCCCCACGCCCAAGGGAAGCGACGAACCCAACAACUCGUCUACAACCUCCCUUCCACUUCCAAUGGAGAAACUCUUCAGUGGAGUGUCCCUCUCUGAUAGCCCAGGCCCCAAAGCGCCCGAAAACGGUAUGCCAGGUAUCGGUGGAUCCUUGCACCAUGCUUGGGAUGCUAUGAAGACGAAGCCACGCACGAGCCUGUCUGACGAACAGCGAGAGCGCCUUGUGAAUGAGUUACCGGAUUACCUUCGACAACCCGGUAUUCUGAAGGGAACCGCUGGCGAACGAACCUCAAUGUACAACGAUUCGACUGCUGACCUCGACCCGUCCCCUGUCCCAUUUAGCAGAGCUGUUGGUACCAACCCACGAUCAGAACCCAUUGGUCACCCAUACUCAAUGAACGGGAUCAAGCGCAAUUCCGGAGAAAACGGUCUCCAAGCCCCCAUCGGACCAAUUGGGUCGAUGCAACCCCCGAGGGACGUCCCAAGAUCGAGGCCAAGCACCGCUGGGAGUAACAUUAGCGGGAUUAGUGAUUCUUGGUCGAUGAUUAGUAACACAGUUCCUCCUGGUGUCGCCUAUCCCGACGCAGACAGCAGAAAGGUUUGGGGACACUUUCCGAUGUUUGAGAAACGCCAUAAUGGUCAAUACUUGGUUCCCUAA